CAGCGUGCCAGUUUUCUCUCUGAUGAAUGAUGCUCACGCCCUGUGCGUGGCUCACGCGCUUUGUCUCUAGCCCGGGGCCAGGCGGAGGAGAACGGCUGGGGGGACGGAUGGCACCACGCGCUCCGAGCGCACCGGGCAGGUGCCCGAGCUCCAGCUCGGCCAACUCCGGCCGCGCCCCGUGGCCGAGGCCCGGCCCCCGCAGGCGCCCGGCCGCGGCCAUCUCCCGGGUGUGGCGGGUCGGGGACUGGAGUCUGCCAGCCGAGCAGCUGCCACGCCACAUGCCACCCGCGCGCUGCCGCCAGCCCAGGCGGGGACCGGACGCUGCCGGGGCUGCGGGGAGGAGCCGGGCGUGUGGGAGGGCAGGGGCGCGCGGGACCCAGGGACUACCCGAGCCGGCUGGCUCGGGGGAUGGGGGGCGGGGGGGAGACAGAGUGACAGAGCGACGGACAGGUGGGAGCAGUUAGACAGCUGGAGACUCGGAGACCGGCACGCAGAGAGAGGGAGGGAGAGUCAGGGGAAGGAGAGAGAGAGGAGGGAGAGGGAGAAACAGCCUCGUCCUCCCUUACUCCAGACGCCCUCUCCUCUGUCCGAGGGAAGCGGCUGGGGCAUCGAGUGACAGAGCGACAGAGAUGCGGGCACAGAAGACUGGGAGAGGGACCCUGCCUCGCUAGUGGGACCGAGAUUCGCGGAGGGACAGACCGACACGAGGGGCAGCUCGGAGAGCUGAGCGCGGGACAGCGAGAAGCCCGCGGUGGGCCGCCAGGCUGAGCGACAGACGGCCAGACAGACAGACGUGCCCGGGGACGGACCGGCAGACAGGAGGCGGGGGCACGCUCGGUCUCCGCAGGCAGCAGGGCGGAGAAGGCGGCGGCGGCGCCCCCAGAGCGCAUCCGGAGCAGCGACGAGCAGCAGGGGCCGCGGGGUCGCCGGCUGAAGCCACCGCCGUCGCCGCAGUCCUGGCCGCCGCAGCCCUGCCAGGAGCCCCGCCGACGCCGCAGAAGGCUCCUUUUACUAGCAGUUAAAUAAACCCACCAAUAAUAACAAUAAUACUAAUAACCCAAGCCAAACCAAACAAAUACAGCCAAAUCGAUCCGUGAGAAACAAUAAUAUUAAUAAAAGCCAAAAACUAAAUCAGAUCAAUCAAGGCACCGAGACGCUGGGGGGAUAUCCACUGUUCGGUCAAGGUAAUAUAAUUAAGGUCUUCAGACGUGAACGUUGCACGCCUUUUGUGAUUUUUUUUUUCUCUUUCUUAAUGCCUUAUAUCUGUGCUUUCCUUUCUAGUCUGUAUUUCUCCUUCCUGUUUGUAGAAAGCUGUUGUUUUAUAUGUAUUGUGUAUUUAUGUUUUGUCAGAGGAGGGGUAGAUUCCCCCUCCCCAGAAUGAGGCAAAAAUGGAAAGCUGCGAGAGAAUUGAAAAGGGCAGGCCUCUUCAUCAGAGAAGUCUACAGUGAUUUAUGCAGGUUUCUCAGUAGAAAGUUUGGAGUGUUUUUAUUUCAUUUGGAAGAGAGCUGUGCAAGGGGCAGAAAGUUGUCAUCUGUUUGUUGUCCUCAGGGGACUUGAGGUCCCAAGGGGUUUAGGGGGAAGAGAUGUUCAGUUUUAUUUUUACAUGGUUGAAUUCUGUGUUUCAUUGCAGACUCCAAAUUUAACGUCUUCCGUCUGAGGUUGUAGAUAUGGUGGUAGAACUGAGUUGACUGAGACAGGUGUUUAGAAAGUUUCCCAGGAAGAGAAAUUGACUCACUGGAUUUUUAUGCAUAGAAAUCAAGCUGGAGUAGAUGUGGUUGCUGUCAGCUGCUUGGGUUCAGUAUUCCGAAGAUACAGGAUAAGGACAGAGUCCAAGCCUGAAAGGAAAGACAAAGAAGGAAUUGAAAGUUAGAGGGAUGGGAAGCUAGGAAGUACGAUGCAAGGCUGGUAGGAAUCACUUUCAUGGUAAUGUGUUUAGAGUGCAGAUAUCCAUUUUAAUUCCUGAUUUUUUUGAAGUUUGUUGGUAUGACACUUCAGCCUCCCCAGACACAAAUGACGAUCCCCAGAGUUGGAGUGAAUCUGGACAAGAUUUCACUCAAAUGCUGAGUAAAUCCAGAUGAUCCCCACCUCUUUCUCAUCCACUUUGGUGAUCAAAAUGGCUAUGAUUGUUUUUAGAAAACAGAGAAAUUGAAAUGGGAGGAAAUCAUUUUUCAUUUGGUAAAAGUUAGGAAACCUUUGACACUUUAAAAUAAAUGCACCUACUGCUUUGAUUCGUGUCACCACAGGGUUUGCAUGUCUUCAGAAGAUUUUAAUGUCAUUUUCGCAGAGGGCAGUCAUUUGGAAGCCUAGAGCUCUAGCUAUGUAGCCGAGUGGUCUACUGUCUUGGCAGUAAUUGCUUCUGCUGCCUCCUAAUGUGGAUCGCACAGGAGAAAUUAAGUAUGUACUCUUCCCAGGUUUAUAUGGAUUUUUAAGGUAUGUAUUUGUGUUCGAUCCUAUAUUUCCUUUCUUAUCACAUUCUUAUACUUCCUUUUAUCACUUCAACUAACAGAACGUUUUUCAAUUUUCCAGAGAGGGAGUUUAGAAUACUCUUUAAGGAAUACACUUCCUCCUCACAAAAGAUACAAAAGGCUAACCUAUUUCUAUCCUUGCUUAUUAAUACCAUUACUUGGUUUAAAGUAACUUGGUUUAAAUGCAAUUUUAAGACAUUUAGACUGCUAUGCAGAGAUGUCUUAAUUUCCCCUCAUUGGACGUGAUUGAUGUUGUCCAAUAAAUCAUAUAACUAAGUUGCUGUGAAUGAAUGAAUGUUCAACGGAGUACUUGUUUGGGUGAGGCAUAUUUAAAGAAACUUAUGCAGCUCCAGAAAUGGUCCUUUAGCUUCUCAGUGACUUAAUUUCACUCUACCCUGAUUUCUCUUUUACAAUAUUCAGCUCAGACUGAGACAGGUUUGUGUGCUCUAUUAGAUUUGCAAAUUGCUGAUCUCCCAGUGACUUUCCCUCUUAGAUACCAGCUGAGUGUGGUUACCUUGAGAACUGUGGCAUUAGCCCAUUAGAGCAUGCUCCACUGGGGAGUUCUGUGCAGUCUAUUUUUAAUGCUAUUUAAUGAAGGAGCGAGCACCUCACUCAGCGAUACAAGGAGCAGGAUGGAAGACAGAGCUGGGCAUGGUUAUGGAUACUGGAGAGGGAUCUUUGGAAAGGUACAGACUGGCUACUGGGUGGAUGAUGUGUCAGGCUGUGUAAGGGAAUCGCACGGAGAUGGGCAUUUUGAACUGUUAAUGGGGACAUGGGACUCCCGCUGUCUCUGAUCCCUCGUGUGGAUUUUCCCAGCGUAGAAGGACAGAAGCCGCUCGUAAGUCGCCAAGACCGACAGCAGAAAUUCUGCGCAAAAGGGUGUCAAAUCUUGUUAUUUUAAUUUGCAUCUGGGAGAAUGUCUGAGCCAGGAGACCUGAGUCAGACCAUAGUGGAGGAAGGCGGGCCUGAGCAGGAGACGGCCACUCCAGAGAAUGGCGUGGUUAAAUCCGAAAGUCUGGACGAGGAGGAAAAACUGGAAUUACAGAGGCAACUGGCGGCUCAGAACCAAGAGAGAAGAAAAUCCAAGUCAGGAGCAGGGAAAGGUAAACUGACUCGCAGCCUUGCUGUCUGUGAAGAAUCCUCAGCCAGACCAGGAGGGGAAAGUCUUCAGGACCAGGAAUCAAUUCAUUUACAGCUUUCCAGUUUUCCCAGCCUGCAAGAGGAUGAUAAAUCUAGGAAAGAUGACUCUGAAAGAGAAAAAGAAAAGGAUAAAAACAAAGAUAAAACCUGUGAAAAACCCAAGAUCAGAAUGUUAUCAAAAGAUUGCAGCCAAGAAUAUACGGAUUCUACAGGCAUAGACUUACACGAGUUUCUGAUUAACACAUUAAAGAAUAAUUCCAGAGACAGGAUGAUACUCUUGAAAAUGGAGCAGGAAAUUAUUGAUUUCAUUGGUGACAACAAUAAUCAUUAUAAAAAGUUUCCUCAGAUGUCGUCCUAUCAGAGGAUGCUUGUCCAUCGAGUGGCCGCUUACUUUGGGUUGGAUCACAACGUGGAUCAAACAGGGAAAUCUGUCAUCAUCAACAAAACCAGCAACACAAGAAUACCAGAGCAAAGGUUUUGUGAACAUUUAAAAGAUGAAAAAGGUGAAGAAUCCCAGAAGCGGUUUAUCUUGAAGCGAGAUAACUCUAGUAUUGAUAAAGAAGACACUCAGCAAAACAGAAUGCAUCCAUUUAGAGAUGACAGACGAAGUAAAUCAAUUGAAGAGAGAGAAGAGGAAUAUCAGAGAGUGAGGGAGAGAAUAUUUGCACACGAUUCAGUUUGCUCCCAGGAAAGCCUUUUUGUGGAAAACAGUAGGCUCUUGGAAGACAAUAACAUAUGCAGUGAGACCUAUAAGAAAAGACAGCUCUUUCGGGGCAACAGAGACAGCUCGGGGAGAACAUCUGGAAGUCGGCAGAGCAGCUCGGAGAAUGAACUCAAGUGGUCCGACCACCAAAGAGCCUGGAGCAGCACAGAUUCUGACAGCUCCAACCGCAAUCUCAAGCCUGCCAUGACCAAGACGGCGAGUUUUGGGGGCAUCACGGUGCUGACCAGGGGUGACAGCACAUCCAGUAGCAGGAGUACCGGGAAGCUGUCCAAAACAGGUAGUUCUGAGUCCUCCAGCAGUGCAGGCUCGUCAGGAUCACUGUCGCGUACCCACCCACCUCUCCAGAGCACACCGCUGGUCUCGGGCGUGGCAGCCACUUCUCCUGGCUGUGUGACCUACCCAGAGAAUGGGAUGGGAGGCCAGGUCGCUCACAGCAGCACCAGCUACAUCCUCCUUCCACUCGAAGCUGCCACAGGCAUCCCACCCGGAAGCAUCCUUCUUAAUCCACAUACAGGCCAGCCCUUCGUGAAUCCCGAUGGAACCCCUGCCAUAUACAACCCCCCCACCAGCCAGCAGCCCCUGCGAAGUGCGAUGGUGGGGCAGCCCCAGCAGCAGCCCCAGCAGCAGCCCUCCCCGCGGCCCCAGCAGCAGGCCCAGCCACCCCAGACGCAAAUGGCAGGCCCACUGGUCACUCAGUCUGUCCAGGGGCUGCAGGCUUCCUCCCAGUCAGUGCAAUACCCAGCUGUGUCUUUUGCUUCCCAGCAUCUCCUGCCCGUGUCUCCGACGCCGCAGUUCCCCAUGAGAGAGGAUGUGACCACGCAGUUUGGCCAGAUGAACCUGAGCCGGCAGUCCUCGGGGGAGACUCCCGAGCCCCCAGCCGGCCCUGUCUACACACCGUCCCUCCUGCCGCAGCCCACCCAGCAGCCAAGCUACGUCAUCGCCUCCACAGGCCAGCAGCUCCCAACGGGGGGCUUCUCGGGCUCUGGCCCUCCCAUCUCCCAGCAAGUCCUCCAGCCCCCUCCCUCGCCCCAGGGAUUUGUGCAACAGCCUCCACCCACACAGAUGCCUGUAUAUUAUUAUCCAUCUGGUCAGUACCCUACCUCAACCACGCAGCAGUACCGGCCCAUGGCCUCUGUUCAGUUCAGUGCUCCGAGAGGCCAGCAGAUGCCACAGACAGCACAGCAAGCAGGUUACCAGCCGCUCUUGUCUGGUCAACAGGGGUUCCAAGGCCUCAUGGGGGUACAGCAGCCGCCUCAGAGUCAGGGCAUGAUGAGCAGCCACCAGGGAACUCCAGUGCAAAGCGUGAUGCUCUCCUACCCAACCGUGUCUAAUUAUCAGGUGCCAAUGACCCAGGGUUCUCAAGGACUGCCCCAGCAGUCAUACCAACAGCCAAUCAUGCUACCUAACCAGGCAGGCCAAGGGUCCCUCCCAGCCACUGGAAUGCCUGUGUACUGUAACGUCACACCGCCGACCCCUCAGAACAACCUUAGGCUGAUGGGCGCUCACUGUCCCUCCAGCACUGUCCCCGUGAUGUCAGCCAGCUGCAGGACCAACUGUGCCAGUAUGAGCAAUGCUGGGUGGCAGGUCAAGUUCUGAGCACUCUGGCCAUGGUACAUGUCUUCAGAUACUACUCAUGGCCUUUAAGGGAGGAAGAGCAAGGUGCGAAAACUCACUGAGGACUUAAGUAUUCACUCAACACCCAAAUGACUGCUGCUGGUAUUCUGUAAAAAACAAAACAAACAAACAAACAAAAAAAAAAACAAAGACUAAUCCACACAUUAGCUGGUUAAUGGUGCAUAUUUCCGUCAUGUCUGCUAGGUAUGCCUUUCUAGCUUAGCUAGUGACAUGAAUUCAUCAAGGUAAGAUUUUCUCCUACCACUGAAUACCACUGUGUAGAUGAUAAUAUCCCUAAUUUGGAUUAUUAGUUUUGUACUUUGUGUUGACUUUGUGAUGCUAAAAGUAUUUAAAAAUUAUAUACUGAAAUCACAUUGUACCAAAGCUGUAAUGGAAAAGAACUGAUGAAUGGAAGGAAUAAUUUAUAUACACUAUAGAGUUUUCUUUUUUUAAUGGAUAUAUACUGUAUUGUAGUGUCUAAUCAAAAUAAAACUAUUUGACCUUAUGGAGGAAGGUCAUGUUUUUACCACCA